CUAAUUCAUUUUAAAAUGUCGAAAAACUUCAUAAAAAGUAAAACUAAUGAAUUUCUUAGUAAUAAAUAUAAUAAAGAUGCACUUCAAGCUAUCAUUCAACAUUUCAAAGAGUCAAAGGACAAACAAUUACCAACAACUGCGUACAUUCUAAGCUUAGAAUUAAUAUGCAUCGACCUUUUGAAAACGUCAAUAAUGAAUAUUGCUGUUGUUCCAUUAGAGCCUCGAGAACUUACAGCUGACGAUAAUCACAAAAUUUGGAUUCGAGACCGUUAUGAAGAAGCUUUCGAAUUGAUUUUAGACUGUGUUGAAAGUGAAAAGCCAUCAGAAGCUCAAGAGGCAUUAAAUACAUGUUUUAAAAUUCUGAUGAAUGAAGGAUUGAAUCCUCUUGACGAUCAACUUAAUGAACAACCAUUUCCAAUUCUUAAGUUGAAUAAAAUCAUCAGCAAACUCUUACUAUCUGAGCAUUCUAUGAAGAACAUGAUCAUCAGAUUAUCAGACUAUUCAAUUUACGAAGACUUUUGCUUUUAUUUGUGGAAGCUCAUCAUGAAGAAUUUAAUUCCAGCGAACAAAAAUGAUUUGACUUCCAACUUCAUUCAAAACUUUAUUGAACUCUUAAAUAUUUUAAUUCCUACCCAACCAACAGUAAAUACACGAGAAGCUCAAGUUGAUGAUGACGAUGAUCGAAAGUUCAUGUGUAAAAAUAUGAAAUUGGAGAUCAACGUACUUCGGAAGAAUGUAAAUAAAGUGUGGAAUGUUAUUGUUCAAUGGCCUCACACCGAUGCAACACAACGACAACUUCUUGUGCUUCUUUUGGAGAAAGUUCUUAUUUAUCUCGACAAGCCAACAAUGCUCACAGAUUAUUUGAUGGAUUCACUGGAUGUCGGUGGUCAAAUCUCUUUAUUAGCACUUCAGGGAAUUUUCAUUCUUAUCCACAAGUACAACAUGGCUUAUCCAAAUAUUUACGAGAAGCUUUACAUGAUGUUUGAACCAGAGAUAUUCCACAUGAAAUUUAAACCACGCUUAUUUCAUCUCGCUGACAUCUUCCUUACUUCAAGUUAUCUACCUGAGACACUUGUAGCUGCCUUCAUCAAACGACUGGCUCGUUUAUCACUUAUCGCCCCUCCACAAGACAUUAUCAUCAUUUUAUACUUCAUUGGGAAUCUCAUCAUUCGUCAUCCGGGAUUGAAAAGAUUAAUCUGUGAUCAGAAUAGUGAUGGAACUCAGGAGAUUGCUGAAGAUCCAUUUAUUAUGGAUGAAGCUGAUCCUAACAAAGCGAACGCUUUAAAAAGUUCUCUUUGGGAGAUUCAAAUGCUAAGAAAUCAUGUCUUACCUAAUGUAGCUCAAGUGGCAAAGAAUAUUGUCACACAACCACUUCCUAAUCAAGAAUGGGAUCUUUCAAACUUCCUUGAAUUGAAGGAAGACGAUCUUUUUGAUCAAGAAAUAUCUAAGAAGGUGCGCGAAUAUGCGAUAACAUUUAAUCGACCUAUGGAGCUUAAAAAUCAGCAACAAACAGCCAUAUCAAGAUAUUGGAAGUUUUAACUGAAUUUUAAUGUUGAAGCGUGCUUCUUAAAAUUGAAUUAAAUUUUUGUCUUAUGAAUAUUAUUCCAUUCAAUAAAGAAAAUCUAUUUAAGUUUGCUUUAAAAAUAUAUUUUCAUUAAUGACAAUCAAUAAUCUACGUGUUAUAAGUUAUGAUAUUAAUAAAAUGUCAGACACUUCGACGAACAAAAAUUUAAUAUUUGAAAUUAAUAAAUAUUUCAUAUGGCACCAAUCUAUUUUUGUAGAAUUUAAUGAAACUGACUUCAACAUCUCCUUAUUUUUGAAACUUAAAAACAGCAAUGAAAG